AUUACCUUUCCAAUACAAUCUAUAACUGAGGCUCAUUGUGUCCUGUAAGCUCCGGCAGUCAAGGUGUUCUUCUGUAUUUGGCUUCACUCAGGCAAAAACAAGGAGCCAUGGCUGUGGCUAACUUCCAGUACAUUACCCGGAUGAGCAGUGGCUUCAAGGUCUACAUUUUAGAGGGUCAGCCCCAUCUCAGGAGCGAAGACAGAUACAGACAUUUUGCAAACGACCGAGCUCGAGCCCCAACUGUGCAUCCAGUCAAACGCAAGCACAGCCACGACAGAGGUCUGACAUUGGAGGAAAGGCGAGAGCGGGCACUGAGCAGAAGCAGUGGCAAAGCUGUCCAGAGAGCAGCACCAGCACCGGCAGUGUUCAACAGGCCACAGAGCCCCACAUCUACCUGGAGUCCAACACCCAGCCCCACCAGUCCUCUGCCUGCCCAUGUGUACUACGCGCCAGUUAUGGAUGAACCGCUUGCCCUCAUCAAGAAACCCAGAAAAGACCCUGAAAGCACAGAGGCAAAGACUACGAGCUCUGCUACCACUCAACUCCAGAUGCGCCCCUCUGUGAUCACUUGCGUCUCCUCAUCAAGAAACCCCUCCUGCAGAUCUGAGGUCCACAGGAGCCCCUCAUCAGUUGUUUCCAAAUCCAACUAUGACCACGUUGUUGAGGAGCAUUUCCAGAGGAGCCUUGGCCUGAACUACCAGAAAGCUCGCUCCCAGCAGCUCUCCAUCAGCGUGUCUGUGGACGACCACUUUGCCAAGGCUUUGGGAGACAAGUGGCACCAGAUUAAAUCCAAGUCUUCCUCCUGUUCUUCCACACCUCCCAGCAGUCCAAGUGUCACUCACUCCCCCACCUACAGUCUGUCCCACAAAGAUUCCACCAGCAGCUCAUCGCCCACUUCCAGCCGCUGGUCUGUCAAUUAAAGCAGAAACGGCCUCUGAUAGAGACUGUGACUUUUAACAUUUCACUGCGUGCAGCUCUGCUUGGCGAGCAAUGGAAAUGCCAGCGCUUGUGUUAAGAGGGCGAGCUAACAGAUGCAGGAGUGCUGUCACUUUGGACCUCCAUGUGUCCGAAUCUAAGACACGCUGAUGCAGAUGAAUGUAGCAAUAAUUGGGAUGUCCAUGUUUUGUUACAUUUCUAUCCUCUGCUUGUCGAUAGCAUCUGAAUACCUGAGAUAAUAUAGAUGGUGAUGUGGGAUGAUUGAAAAAAAUCAGCCAAAUAAUCCUUAACAUUUCUUUGAUUUUGUGUCAUUCUGUUAAUGCUGCCCGAAUGCCACAGUUUCAUUGUACUGUAUUAUAUUUAUGUUCUGAUAACAUAUGGGUUCCUUAUAGUCUAAAGGACUGGCCUGUCUGCUGUAUAAUAUUGUGCUUGUCAGCUGUACACAAAAGAGAUUUUUAAAAAGACGUUGAAACAAUAAAAAUAUGAAAAAUCCUUUAA